AUGGAGUUUUUACAGCCUAUUGGUGCUGCUGUGAUGGUUUUGCAAGAGUCAAUUAAACUUCUUCCGAAGAAUGGGAAGCUCGUAGCCUUAACAAUUCUACCGACUCUCCUCUUUUCGUCCCUCUUCUUCUUGGUUUUCAACUUCUCCUACAAAUCAUUACUUCGCGAUAUGCUCAUGAGGGAGUCUAUGUUACCUCUUACCAGCGCCAACAGCGCAGAAUUCUCCAGCAUUCUCGCCCAUCUCAAAGAAGAUUUCGGCCUUAUGCUGGUUGUUGAUCUUACUUUCAUUCUUGGCUACUAUAUCAUCUCCCUCUUGUCGAUAAUUGCAACAAUUCUAGUAUCCACCAUUUCGCAUACUGAGAGGACAUUAAGCAACAAGGAUUUCGCUCUCCUAGUACUUAGAUCCUGGAAAAGGCCGUUGAUCACUGGGUUUUACACAACUCUUCUUGAUAUUGGCUAUAUAUUUUUGGUUCUGUUUGUGGCUAGCCCUGUCAUGAUGUUAUUUAGUAAUUCCAUGGAGGAGGUCUUCUUCACCAUUUACUUGGUGGGAAUUGCUGCCUACAUCGUUUAUCUGUACUUAUCGAUCACCUGGAUUUUGGGCAUAGUGACUUCGGUGAUUGAAGAAGAUUGUUACGGGAUUCAGGCACUGGGAAAAGCGGGGGAUCUGAUUCAGGGAAUGAAGAUUCAGGGAUUCGUUCUGAAUAUGAUGUUUGCUCUGCUAUCUGUGGUUGUAUUUCAAGGAUUCAGGAUUAUUAGAGGACACAAAUGGCUGGUAAAUCAGACAAUUUUCGGAUUGUUUCUUGUGAAUGUCUCGUGUUUAUUAAGACUGUCACAAUUUGUGGGGUAUACGGUCCUAUAUUUCCAGUGCAAGAAGAAGCAUGGUGAAGAGAUUGAACUACAAGGGGAAGUUGAGUAUACUAAAAUAUCUUCUACGCCUCUUGCUGAUGUUGGUAUGCCAUAA